AGACAGACCGUCUCUGAGCCUCCAGUCCUCUGCAGCUCUGCACUAUGGAAGAGAUUAACAACAUUGAAGUGGUUCCGUGCACAGAGUCCGACUACCUGAAGCCGUUCAGGGUGCACUACAACCAGAAUGGCACAAAGAAAUCCUGGGACUUCAUGCGAACCCAUGACAGUGUAUCAGUGCUGAUCUUCAACACCACCUCACACUGUUUUAUCCUCGUCAAGCAGUUCCGUCCAGCUGUAUACAUGUGCGAGUGGGAAAGGAACAAGACACAGCCGCCUCAGUCUGCCGAGAAAACCGAGGAGGGCGCCGCGGAAGCCGCCGUCCCCGAGUCUCAGGAGGGCCAGUCGGCCUCAGAGAAGGAGGGCUCCUCCGCGUGGCCCCCGGCCUCAGCGGGGAUCACCUACGAGCUCUGCGCCGGGCUGGUGGACAAGCCCAACUGCUCCCUGGAGGAGAUCGCCCGACAGGAGGUGCUGGAGGAGUGCGGCUACGACGUGCCUGCUUCUAAGCUGAAGAGGAUUACUUCUUACAGGUCAGGCGUUGGAGUAACAGGCGCCAAGCAGACCAUGUUUUAUGCCGAGGUGUCCGACGACAACUGCGUGAGCGCUGGUGGAGGUGAGCCCCGGGAGGGAGAGCUUAUCGAGGUGGUCAAAGUCCCGCUGCACGAGGCCAUGACGUUCGCCUACGACGAGCGCAUACCCAAGACCAUGGGUGUCAUAUUUAGUUUCAUCUGGUUCCAUAAUAACAUGUCUCCCAAGUACAAGAUCUCUACCAACGUGUAACUAGU